AUGUUGGAGACAAAUAUGUUUCAAACUCUUCAUAAGCUAAGUCUAACGAAAAUAUCUACUGUUUGUAAUUUUCAUUCCACAGUAUGUAUUUAUUAAAUAAUAUUUUUAAUAUUUGUUAUUAUAUAUUAAUUGCUAUAAAUUUACUAAAGCAGUUGCAAUGUGUCAAAGAAAAAACUUUUUCUCAAAAAUUAGAGGAUGGACCUGAUUUACAACAUUUUAUUGCCUACAAAGACACCUACAAAGACUAUGAUGGAAAGUUGAAAUUAGAAAAAGAGGAUAAAUCCCGUUUGAGAUUACCACCUUGGCUCAAAACAGAAAUCCCAAUGGGUAAAAAUUACGAUAGGAUAAAGUCACGAUUAAGACAAUUACAAUUAAGCACUGUAUGCGAAGAAGCACGAUGUCCUAAUAUUGGAGAAUGUUGGGGUGGUGGUACGCAUGGAACAGCAACAGCCACUAUUAUGUUAAUGGGCGAUACAUGUACUCGUGGUUGUCGUUUUUGUUCUGUAAAAACAUCAAGAACACCGUUACCACUAAAUCCAGAAGAACCACUAAAUACAGCAACUGCAAUAACAGAGUGGGGUUUAGAUUAUAUUGUACUUACGUCGGUAGACAGAGAUGAACUAAUAUUUUAGUGGAAUGUUUAGUACCAGAUUUUAGAGGAGAUGAAAAUUGUGUUGCAACAAUUGUUAAUUCUAAUCUUGAUGUGUUUGCUCAUAAUAUUGAAACUGUCGAACGUCUAACUCCAUUUGUUAGAGACAGACGAGCUCAAUAUAGACAAUCGCUAAAAAUCUUGAAAACAGCAAAAGAAUACAAACCAGAAUUAAUUACGAAAUCAUCGAUAAUGUUAGGAUUAGGGGAAACUGAUGAAGAAAUUGUACAAACAAUGAAAGACUUGAGAGAAGUAAACGUAGAUGCUUUGACACUGGGGCAAUAUAUGCAACCUACAAAGAGACAUUUAAAAGUUAUUGAAUAUGUUACACCUGAAAAAUUUAAAAAGUGGGAAAAUAUUGGAAAUGAACUAGGAUUUUUGUAUACUGCAAGUGGCCCAUUAGUGCGUUCAUCCUACAAGGCUGGAGAAUUUUUUUUAACAAAUAUAUUAAAAAAACGUAAAAACAAACAAUCUGAAAACCAAUAG